AUGUCGCAAAUCGACUUUGACAGCAUUUAUGAUCGAAUGAAGAAUUGGGACCACCACAUUCAAACUGGUGCUCUCCAAGAGUUUGUUACGUAUAUAGAAAACAAACCAAAGACAACAAUCACUGAAACAACUCAAAAGAAAUUAAUGUCUGCCUUUACAGAACUUUUUUCAAGCACUGACACAGUGUUAGACUCGUUACGAGAAGCCGUGAAUUUCACCACUUCAUUUCUUCCAAAAAUUACACAAGAAGAGUACUUAGAAAAUUUUUUAAAAACUAUUGCUCAAAUAUUUACGUCUGAAAGUUACUCGAAAAUGCGUCCUAUCCGCUCCAACACACUUUUAUUACUCGAUAAAAACCUUUUCAUCUUUACAAUCGAUCAAAAGAAAGGCGAACUAUUUACGAAGGUGGUCACUGUCUCACUCCUACAAAAACUGACUUCACCAACCAUCGAUAAAUUUCAUGACUUAGAUUGCCUUGUUAUGGCUCUAGAAAUCAUUUUCAAGAAACACGUCCACUUCUUGGAGAGUAUGAUGGUCGAUGUAAAAAGUGCGUUGUCGCUCUGCUCGGAAGUACUUUUGCCUCUAGUGGACUCGCAGAACGACGAUGUGAAAAACACGGUGUUGCGAUGUAUUUCUGAGGUCGCAGUGAAAAUGGACGACACUUUCAUCACACAAAUUACACAAAAGUUGCUUCGAGAAUUCAAAGAGAAGAAGAGGAUGAACCAAACACUGAUUUUGUUAGACUCCUUCUCAUACUUUUGUAUGUGCGUUCGCGACAAAAUCGCGAACUUUGUGAGAGAGAUCUUCUGCGUUAUCAUGACAAAGUUUGCAUUCCUUUAUAGCGAUUUUGGUAAGGAAAAAAAGACUUUAGCCGAUGGCGUCUAUGUGUUAGAAAUUGAAGAAAGCAACGACGAGUCGACGUGUAUUUUCAAAGCGACGGUUCUCCGGUUUGUUGCGCAAUUAAUCAGAUGUAGUCCCGAGAAGUUGAAUGAAGAUGUCGAUGAGUUGAUUGAACUUGGGAAUGACUAUUUGCAGUUUGAUCCGAACUCCUUUGUAAACGACGAGACUACAAAAUCACAUCUGAAAGAAGAGAAGAAUGAGAGUGAUGAGGAAUUUGAUGAUGAUCUUGGCGAAGAAGAUACCAACACUAAAAAUGACACAGGUAGUAGUGAUGACAUGACGUGGAAAGUACGAAUAAGUGCCGUUGGU